AUGGUCUCCUUUAUUGAUGAUGUUCACUUGUGCACCUAUCACAAACUGAACCAGACAGAUUGGAUGUCCAGUGUCCUAUGUGCCAACUUCAGUGAGAAGAUGCAAACUGUGUUGCUUAAUCAUGAAGAAAACUUCCAUAGACUGAUCCAUUAUUUAGAACAAAAUGACACCAAGAAUGAAAAAAGCCACACACUGCAACUCUAUGCAGACUGUGAACUGGAAGAUGACAUCCAGGUGGAUAGCCAUGUACAUUUAGCAUGGGAUGGUGAAGACUUGUUCCGGAGAGAUGAACAGCAAGGAUACUGGAUUUUCCUGAAGCCAAUGGGCUACGUUUUAAAACCUGCUGUGGAAAGUCCCUUCUGGGAAAGUGUGAGAAGAGACUAUGUGCAGAAAUAUUGUUUUGAUAUAAUGAGGAAAAUUCUCAGAUAUUCAAGGAUCCAUAAGAAUGUGCCUCCUCAAGUGACUGUGUCUCGUCAUGAUGACCUGGGUGGCACCAUUACCCUCUUCUGUACAGCCACAGGCUUCUAUCCCCAGUCCAUCCUGCUCGGCUGGAAGAAAGGUUAUGAGCAUGCUAUAUGGGGGAAAGAGAGCUCCAGUGGCAUCCUGCCCAAUGCCGAUGGCACCUUCUACCUCCAAGUAACACUAGAGCUCCUUCCAGGGGACCCAGGGAUUGGUUACACUUGCGUGGUGGAGCAUACAGAACUAAAAUCACCAGCUGUAUAUCCUGUCGCGGGAAAGUCUACAAAAAAGGCCUGGCCUAUGGCACUGGCCAUCAUGCUAAGUGUCAUCCUAGUGGUGAGCUGUUCUUUAGCCUUUGUCACAUGGAAGAAAAAGACAGGUCUCAUCCCACCAAGUUUCAGUAAUAACUAUGGUACCUUUGAUAUCUCUCCAGCUCUUGCCUGGGCACCUGCAUAA